AUGAGGGAGUGGGGCUUGUCCGUAUUUACGUUGAGGCGGGAGCCGCCGCCCUUCAUUCACCCACAUGGUCCUUCGAGGUGCUGCUGCCGCUGCCCGACCUGCGCCUUCGCGCCACUUCGCGCCCUCGGGCGAGGCCGAGGGGGUGGGGACGACCCCCGCCGCGCCGCCGCGGCUCGCGCCCCCUCGCGAAGCCCCCUCCGCGGGGCGGGCCGGCCGGCUGGCCGCACCCCCGGCCUGGGGCCUCCGGUCGUAGUAAAGCGGAGGCGGGUGGGGAGGCGGGAGCGAGAGCCCGCGGCGGGCGAGGCGAAGAUGGUGGCGGCUACUCCUCCUGGGCGGCGGGCGGGUGGGGCGGGAUGGCCCGGGGGCAGCGUGGCGGCCGCGGCGUGGCCGGGGACUGGGGCGGGUCUCGGGCCGUUGGCCGCCCCGGCGUGUGGCAGCGGCCACUCGCUGCUGCCUCGCUCGCACGCGGGCUGGCGGAGGGGCAGGGCCGGGCCGCGGACGGGAGGGCGGGAGGGGGCGGCGUGCGCGCGGCGGCCGCGCCCGGGACCCGCGCGGACCCUGCCUGGGCCGGCCGGCGGGGCAGGCGGGCGGGCGCGCGGCGCACACAAUGGCCCCUCGAGGAAGGGACGCGCAAGGCCUGUGCCCCCCCGCCUCCAGGGCUCCGGGCGCACGCGGGCCGCGGGGUCCCUGGGCAAGGAAAGUUUCUCUCGGGGGCGAGAGUUAAAGCGCCGCCAGAACAAAGCGGCGGCGGCAGCGGCACAUGGGGCAGGCCGCGGACCGGGAGGGGGCGCGCCCACGAGGUACCUGCGAGCCGGCGGGCGGCGUGGCCCGGCCCGGAGCCCGCGGGCCCCCAAACUUUGUGCGCGCGAGGAUGGGCGGAGGGCGCGGGUGCUCGGGGCGGCGCGGCCUGGACGCCACCCCCACUCCGUGUGGGCUUUGUUAACCCGCGUGGGCAGCCCCCGGGCGGGGCUCUCAACUUCCCGGGUCGUGGCCGGCGGAGCAGGCCCGGGCGGGCCUUGGUGGCGGCGUGGAACCCUCUUCGGUCGCCCGCUGGCGGGGGAACGCGGCGCGGGAGGCCAAGCCCGGCUCGGCGGGAGCGGCGGCCGCGCCGCCAUGUUCCUGCGGGGCGGGCUGCGCGGGGGUGAGGGCGGGGGACAUGGCGGCGACUGCGCGCCGCCGCCGAUUGUUCCUGGCUUAGGCCUCGGGCCGCGUGCGACGGGCACCGCAGUCGCGGAGCCCCCGCCCCUCUGGGCCGGGCUCGGGGGGGAGGGCUGGGGGACACAAAGGAGGGGCGGCGCGCCCGCGUCCCCGCCGCGCUCGGGCCUCGGCGCCGCCGGUCGCCGCGCGGCUGCCGCCGGGAAACGGGUGGGGGGGUUGCCGUGUCCGGCAGGCCCCGACUCUGACCCGCCGCCCCCUGGCGGCCGCGCGGAGAAUCGCAGGGCCGCGCGCCCUCUUGUGCGACAUGUGCUGCCGGCCCGGGCUCCAUGAGCGUGGCGGGCAGUUUGCAGUCCCGGGUGCUCCUGCCUCCUUUUUUUAUUCCUAAGCUGGACUAAAGGGGACGGGAACUGGGGUAAAGCAGGCUUAUUUUUGCAAUAUCACCGAGAGGAAAAAUUAGUAUAGUGCUAUCUGCACCACAUCAGUUGGGGAAACAACUCUUUAUCCCGGCUUGCAGCCACGAGGUCUUGAUUGGGGGAGGGGUGGUGAAGAAUAGUCUCUUUACUGCCUUUCCCUCUGACUGGAGCCAUGCAGUAGUGAACGAUUGCUGUUGAUCAUCCUCGGGUAUUUCGAUAAAACAUGAAUCUAAUGCAUGUGAGUUUUCAACUUUUAAACCUUUUCACCCAUAUAUCGUUGGUCUUUUAAACCCCGGCAGUAUUGCCUGACUACCCUGUCCUUGGUUUUACAAAUGGAUGUGGUUGAUAAAAGGGGGAGUGGGAAAGAACAAGUUUUAAAACAUGGAAUUGGAGGGUGGUAGUAAUUUUGAGCAAAUGUUUUGUCUUUUUUUCCCUAUCCACCCUCCCCCCCUUUCCAGUCAUACACGUGGACCUAAGUGCACCAAAAGCUUUUCUAAGGAUAUUUGCUGAGAAGGAAGUUUUCCCGAGUGGGUAAGUGUAUAUUUGAAUUUUACUUGUUAACUUUUUAAAAGUAGAUUUCUCUUGACUUGACUCUAAUUUGAAGAAAUAAUAUGGGAUUGGGUUUUCAAAUAGUGAAGUAGGUAUUUUGUUCUCUGUUUAUUGUCUUUUUGUUUUGUUUUUCGAAAACUUAGUUUGGAUUAUAGCUCAUGUGUAAGUUAGUAAAAAUAUAACGCAAAUAUCAUUAUAAAUCUUUGCAAACUGAUACAGAAAAUUUAGAACUGCUUUAAAUUGAAUGACAAAAUAGAUCUACAUAGGAGUAAGUUUUCAAGCUUAAAAUAAAUUAUCUGAGACGUGUAACUUCUAAAACUAGCUGAUAUACUUGAAAUGUAGUCUGAACGGUAAUUUUAUUAAUCAGUUUACCAAGUAAUUGCUAAUUGGAAGCCAGAAGAAAAGAAAAAUGUUUUGCCACGUGGAUGCGAAGAUUUCCUCUGAAAGGUAUAUGACUCAAAUUACCCUGGUGAUACACAGUAUGAUUUUGAUUUUUCUUUUUAAGUAUGCUUUUGGGAAUGGCAAAGGAAAAGAGGAGCUACCACGUUCUUAAAAGUAUUAAAAUGAUGAUUAAUUAUAAGUGUCUUAUUAAACCUUUUCUAGUUUUGAGGUCUAAAUUUGCUUUUAAAUGAAACUGGAAGGUUUGAAAUGAUUUAACUCAUUUUCUCUUCCCUAUUUAGGGUUUAUGCUCAAUGUUUUGUGUUUUAUAUAAAUGUUAGAGUUUGAGGUGUUCUUUCAUCUAUUUAUUUAUUUCAAAUUUAGCAGGAAUAAAGAGAACAUCAUCUUGUAAAACUGAAGAUUGUGACGAGUCAGAAUAAUGUCAAAGUGCUUACAGUGCAGGUAGUGAUAUGUGCAUCUACUGCAGUGAAGGCACUUGUAGCAUUAUGGUGACAGCUGCCUCGGGGAGCCAAGGUGGGCUGGAAAGCGCAGGGCCUGCUGGUGUUGAGUGCUUUUUGUUCUAAGGUGCAUCUAGUGCAGAUAGUGAAGUAGAUUAGCAUCUACUGCCCUAAGUGCUCCUUCUGGCAUAAGAAGUUAUGCUUUCAUCCAGUGAGCCAAGCCAAGCAAGUAUAGAGGUGUGUUAAUACUUUGUGUUUGCAGUCCUCUGUUAGUUUUGCAUAGUUGCACUACAAGAAGAAUGUAGUUGUGCAAAUCUAUGCAAAACUGAUGGUGGCCUGCUAUUUCCUUCAAGUGAUCCUUAACUAAUUUUGUGUACUUUUAUUGUGUCGAUGUAGAACCUGCCUGGUGUCUGA